UGUGAUUGGUGCACAUCGCUGUCUCGAGCGCUGUGACUGCCAGAGUGGAUUGUGCACACCGGUUACUAGGAGACUUGACCAGUCAAGAGGAUUCCAAAGUAACUGGCUCCAUUUUCAACGAUUUAGCCUUUCAUCUGUAAAGACCGAACAACAUCAUCCAAGGAUUGUGGGGCAUCAUCAAGGUUUGAAUUCAUUGCUGGGAAGUGUCGUUGCAUGCAUUUUCCCUUUUACAGUUCCACAGAGAGAUGGACGGACACGACCACCACCUUCACCAUGGGCCCCAGGGGACUAUGGAUCCCGCCACAACCAUGUCCCACGGAGACCACGGGGACCACGGAGGCAGCGGCGACCAUAACAUGAUGAUGCAAAUGACCUUCUACUUUGGCGUGAAGAACGUGGAGCUGCUGUUCGCUAGUCUGGUCAUCAACACACCAGGAGAGAUGGUUGGUGCCUGCAUUGGGGUGUUCCUGUUGGCUGCUCUGUACGAGGGGCUGAAGAUCGGUCGGGAGUACCUGCUCCGGAGGAACCAGGUCAACGUGCGCUACAAUUCCAUGCCCAUCCCCGGCUCUGAUGGCACGGUGCUCAUGGAGACCCACAAGACCGUCGGCCAGCGGAUGCUGAGCAUGGCCCACCUGGUGCAGACGGUGCUGCACGUGAUCCAGGUGGUGAUCAGCUACUUCCUCAUGCUGGUGUUCAUGACCUACAACGGCUACCUGUGCAUCGCCGUGGCAGCCGGCGCCGGCUUCGGCUACUUCCUGUUCAGUUGGAAAAAGGCGGUGGUGGUGGACAUCACCGAGCACUGUCACUGACACCCCCUGUCCCUCUCACUGCACCGCACGCACACACACACACACACACACACGCAUGCUCGCACGCGCACGCUUAUACUCACACACACACACACACACACACACGCAUGCACACACACACACACACACACACGCGCGCACGCACACACACGCGCGCACGCACGCACACACUCUCUCACACAGACACACACACACUCGCACACACACACUCACACGCUCAUACUCACUCCCACGCACAUACACACACACACACACACACACACACCCACAUCUCUCGAUCCAGUUCCAGCUGGAAUACUCGGCUUUUGGCCGAAGCACAGCCCUGUACCUGGCUGAUCCCUGUUCCUCAUUCCGUUAUGAUGCUCCAGGCCUCAAGGAAGCUUUAAAACCUGAUACGACGCGUGAGACCUGUUCUCGCUGAUGGUGAUGUUUAAAGCUUUUUUGGGUCCCUUUGGACAUCCCAGGGCCGAGAUCUCUAAAUUACCCAUGAAUCAGCCGCCCCUUUUCCCCCCUUGACCCAGCUGGCAUUAUCACUACGUGCACCCUGAGUAUUAUCAGUUUAAGAAGCUGCCUUAUCGGGGUCACAAUACCGCUGCUCGGCACAGCAUCAUGGCAGCCCCCAGCGUCUGCAGGCCGUCACAGUUUCCCAAAAAUCCAGCCAGUGAAAGGAAACUGAAUCCAGCCAAUCAGCGCCUCGCUAAAUGUGGGCACCUCUAUGGGCAGCCCACUGGAGGGGGGGGGCAUCGCAAAGGGAGAGAGGCUGACAGACCGGGUGCCUUACUAAGCCCUUUACCUUAAGCAAACAGCCCACCUCACCCAGUCAUUGCCAUUGUAAACUCAAUGUUUUUUUUGUUUUUUGUUGUUUUUCUUUUUUUACACCAUCUUGCUGUCGAUGCCAUCAUGUUCUUGUGGAUAUGCCUUAAUUGUGACGCUGUCUGAUUGGUUUAGCCACGUGGUGAAAGAACUGGCCCCACCCACUUUGCUUUACUCUGUGGAUUUUGGGAAGAGGGCAUGAAACUGAAGGAGGUGAAGCCAGUCUUCACCAACGUGCUUAAAAUCACAACAAAAAACAUCAGUUUUUGUUUUUAUGUCAGAGGUUAUAAAUGUCUAUUAUGUAUUUAGGAUGUUGCCAGUAUCACAUUAAAAAUAAAGUAAUUUUAACUAUUUUAAAGUAGCACUAUUAUAUUGUAAACUGUACAUGAUACUCGCCUUCUGUUAGUCUUGACCAUGACUGGACAAUCUUUGAACAAUCUUUAUUUUAUGAGAUGAAACUGCUUAAAUAUUUCCAUUUAAAGUGUACUCUAAAUACCAGUGUUAAUCGGCCAUGGUGGCUGUCACCUGUUGUUCCCCAACAACCUCAACUAAAACGAGGAACUCUUCGACCCACUAUUACAGCUUCUUGCUGUUACGAUAUGAAGGCAAGUGCUUCUAGCUCUGCGUGGAGGUAGAAGGUCGCAGACGUCCAUAGAUCUCUUAUCGCAAGUUGGUAUUCACGUGAUCUCAACGAAGUGCCGAUGUCCCAAUGUUGAGUAGGGAAUUCUGGGAAGCCUGGAGGCCCACUGGUGCCCGUCUCUGAGCACCGGCAGCGCGUGAUGAUGGAGUCACACAAGUUUUUAGCCUUUUUUUUUUCUUCUUUUUACUUCAAAAUGUCUGUUCAUUUUCGUAUCUGGUGCCUGAGUGUGUGUAUGUUCGUGUGUGUGCGCGACGCUGGAAUGGAAGUCAAAUUCCUGCAGUGAUUACAAGGUCACUACUGGUUUUUAAUAGCCAUUGUUAAAAGAGCUGGCAGAUCUAUCUAAUCUAGGCUGUAAAAUGUUUAGCCGUUUUUACUUCAGCGCCGCAGAUCUCUCCUGCUAGGGAACAGAAGUCGCAGGUUUCAUCCGAAAGCGAAGUCCGUCUCUGCUACCUCGACAAAGUCCGGCGGUGAAGCACACAUUACAGGAAGACCGACCGCUGCUGCAGUCCAGUGUCCAUAUGGAGAUCACAGGCCAUGCACCUCUCAGCCCUUUUUGUAUAGUUUGACGCAUUUAUAAUGCUGUUAUUGUUUUUUUUAUUGUUAGAAAAUGAAUAAUAAAUGGUCCUAGAUUGAAA